AUGCAACACGCGUCUAUGAGAAACAAUUUGGAAAGGGGUUUUGUCGAGAGAUGGCUGUAUAAGCUCCCCCCCAAGCAUAGGCGCAGGCUCAUGCGUCUGCGCAUGCGUCUGCGGGGGUCAUGGACACCUCUUGAGCUCCGCCGGACGGUGCGCAUAUUGCGCUCGAUCCACGACGAGGGCUACCAUCAAUCGUUCCCCACCGCGCGUGCCAUCCUGCACCUUGGAAGCCUCCUGUUCCGGCUACCGCGGCAUCUGCCGUGCCGCCUCCCGCCGCCACCAGGAGAGAUCAUGGCCUUUCCGGACGCGAGGCGACAGUACUUCAAGACGUUCCACACGGCGCUGCUCGGCGAGCGCCUGCUUCCGCUCUGGCGAUGGCGCGACACGGCGGCGCGCUCGUUCUUCCGCCUGUACGAGGGCGUCUGCUGCGGGAACGACUUCAUGGUCCAGUACGAAACCGAGUACUUUUGGUACCGCGACGAGCCGUCGUGGGCGCCGGACGCCCUGCCCGACCCGCGGGGGUUUGGAGAGCUCGCCCCUGGCGAGGAGGGUCGGCGGCAACUAGCGGUCCUCGCCUCCACGGCCGAAGCGUUGGCCGAGGCUUUCAAUUGGCGCCACAUGCACGGGUUCCGGCGCGACCGCAACCACGUCGAUUGGCUCGGCGACGCCCCGCGCGUCUACGAGGUCGUGUACAAGGGGCCCGCCUGGGCUGAAUCUGUACCCCGUUUACCGGAAUUAUUAGAGCUCCAAAAGGCCAGUCCGGAGUGGCUGGCCAAAGGCCAGGAUGUCAAGCUCCGCUACAACGACUUCAUGGACGAGGUAGUAUGUCCCUUCUGGAAGCGUAAUAUUUUCGUCGACAGCAGCGCACUUAGAUCAUCAAAGAGGGGUCAGAAUCGCUUCAUAUCCGCCUCAACUGGACGCAUCACCAUGUCGGUCCUGGUGGAGUAUUUCAGUCGAGAGCAGAUUUGGAUAGGUCUCGGUUGGCUGGACCGUGCUCUGGAACAAUCCGAGAUCCUCGCCCCGGUCCUUCCGAUCAACCUGGUCUCGUACGGCGGCAUGCUGGCAGUGUGUCUCUUCGACUCUCGCGAGACAACGAGGGACGUCGACGUGCUGCUCCCGCCAAACAUCCGGGAGGAACGCGUGUACAGGGAUGAGUUCACACGAUUGAAGAAUGCCAUCGCCGACGAUCUGGGAUACAUGCGGGACUGGAUCAAUGACGACAUGCGGCUCUUCGUCCCCGCCGAGGACCGACAGAGACUGCUCGAGGACAGCAUCGAGCAGGGCACGGCCGUCUACGAGGGCGACAACCUGGUCAUCUGGGCCGGGCUGUACGACUUCGGCCUCGAGUCCAAGCUCCGACGGAUGGGAGACACCAACACCGACUCUGCGGAGGGUCAAAAAAAGUACAUGCGUGACAGGUCCGACGCGGUCGACUUUGUGCAUCUGAUCAAGGGAGACCUGGCACGGCCUUUGGACAGGACCUGGGUCGAGAAGUUAAGGCGCUACAAUUUUAAUUCUCUGAUCGAGCCACGCAUAGUCGACGACGUGGCCGAGGGCUACAUUUCCAAGUACGGCACGCAGGGAAUAGCCACAUUUGUGUGGGACGAAGCAAGGGGGAAAUACAAAUAUCAGAAUCUGGAAGGUGACUGGGUGUGGUGUGAAGACAGAGAUUUGUGUUGA